UUCUGUUCAAAUUGAACCGCCAAAAUACAAAGUCCCUCCGCGCGCUAAAAGCCUCUUUCCUGGUUGGUCGAACUGAAACGCCCCGGGUAUUCUGCGGCUAUUAAAGCCGGACUUCUACCACCGAGGGCUACAUUUUCUUUCAUUUGCAGAGAAGGACAGAAUGAGCGGAAGAGGGAAAACCGGAGGCAAGGCCAGAGCAAAGGCUAAGACCCGUUCCUCUCGUGCCGGUCUGCAAUUUCCAGUCGGUCGUGUGCACAGACUGCUGCGUAAAGGUAAUUAUGCUCAGCGCGUAGGUGCCGGUGCUCCCGUGUAUUUGGCGGCCGUGCUCGAAUACUUGACCGCUGAAAUCUUGGAGUUGGCCGGCAACGCUGCCCGUGACAACAAGAAGACCAGGAUCAUCCCUCGUCAUCUGCAGCUGGCCGUCCGCAACGACGAGGAGCUCAACAAGCUUCUUGGCGGAGUCACCAUUGCCCAGGGCGGCGUGUUGCCUAACAUCCAGGCCGUUCUUCUGCCUAAGAAGACCGAGAAGGCUGCCAAGUCGAAGUAGAAACGCACU